UGGCGGGCGGCCCUUGAGCGUUGGAGCCCCAGAUCGCUGCCUGCCUGCCUGCCUGCCUGCCGUGAUUUUGCUCCAAGCGAGCCUCGCCUGGCUUUUUCAGCUGCCUUGGGGUGCUGCUUGGGGAGUACAGAAUCAUGUCGGACCUGCUACUCCUGGGCCUGACUGGAGGCCUGAUGCUUCUGCUGUUGCUGACACUGCUGGCCUUUAUGGGGUACUCAGGGUUGCUGGCGGAGGUCAGAGUGAGUGCUGGUUCACCACCCAUCCACAAUGUUACUGUGGCCUACAAGUACCACAAGGGAUCCUAUGGCGAGACAGGGCCACUUUUUACGGAGAGCUGCAGCAUUGCUCCGAAACUCCGCUCCAUCGCCGUCUACUAUGACAACCCCCACAUGGUGCCCUCUGAGAAGUGCCGCUGUGCAGUAGGCAGCAUCCUGAGUGAAGGUGAGGAGUCACCCUCCCCAGAACUCAUAUAACUCUACCAGAAAUAUGGCUUCAAGGUGUUCUCCUUCCCGGCACCCAGCCAUGUGGUAACAGCUACAUUCCCCUACACCACCACUUUGUCCAUCUGGUUGGCGGCCCGCCGGGUCCAUCCUGUCCUCAACACCGAUAUCAAGGAUCGGAAACUGUGUGCCCAUCCUCGGCUGGAGAUCUAUCAGCAAGACCAGAUCUACUUCAUGUGUCCUCUGGCACGACAGGGGGACUUCUAUGUGCCUGAGGUGAAGGAAAUGGAGCGGAAAAACCGGGGCCCCGUGGAGGCCAGUGAUGCCCAGGUGGAUGGCACAGGAACUGACACCAUGAGUGACACGAGUUCUGUGAGCCUGGAGGUGGGUCCUGGCAGCCGGGAGACCUCAGCAGCUACGCUGUCCCCUGGGGUGAGCGGCCGCGGCUGGGACGAUGGUGACACCCGCAGUGAGCACAGCUACAGCGAGUCUGGCUCAAGUGGCUCAUCUUUCGAGGAGCUGGACCUGGAGGGCGAGGGACCUCUGGGGGACCCAAGACUGAACCCUGAGGCUGAGCCCCAGGGUGCCGUCAAGUGGUCCCGGGAGCCCAGCACCCCUGAGAAGGGUGAGGAGUAACCGUUGGCCCGCUCCUUUCUGUGGUGCCGUUGCUGUGGAACUAAGCUGUGGAACUCUCCAACCGUCUUCCUCCUCCACCUCCCUGGUCCCUAUUGGGCAGGAUCUUCCAGGGGGUCGUGACUUCCGCUGUCCUGGACCUCUAGCUAAGCCUUCUCCUCACUGCCCUCUUGGAUCCCUGGGUCAGAGGAGCCAAAAACUGUCUUCCGCACUCAGCCCCCGAGGCUGCCACCCUGUUACAUCUUUUUCAGAUUCACAUUGGAGCUUCCAGAAACCAGAAUAAAGCAAAUGAUUUUCUUGUUUCAAAAAAAAAAAUAAAAUAAAAAAAA